AAAAACGAAACCAAAACCGUACUCCCUGCCCUUAGUUUUUAAAAUAAUAGAUGCCCUGGCUGCAGAGAGCUGCAGUAUACUACAACAGUAGCCGCUGAUGGAGUCUAACCAUGGAUGAGGAGGUUGACCCUGGUGAUGAAAAUGUGAACUCUGUCUUGGCUCAGGAAUCGUCAGAACUGCUCCACAUCCUUAGCAGUCAGUCACCCACAGUCAUAAUGAAGUUGUGCCAAACGAUGCCCAGUGAUGCCGGGUGGAACAUUGGUCACCUGGCCCCCACCAGCUCUUCAGCAGCAGUAACAGAACUCAUCAAAGCCAUGUUAGAGUACUACAGGGUGGCCAACACUACAGAUUGCCGCAACUUUCUUCAAAGCAUGUGUAUCUUGUGUGAGAAUAUCCCCAUGCGCUUGGAGUCGAGGCUCAUGUCAGUGGCUGGAUAUGCAAACAAUGUUUGUGACAAUUCCAGUCCCACUGUAAUGAACGAGGAGUCGUCAUCGACGCAUUUGGAGAAGCAGCUCAUCAAACGUCCACGGAUUGACCACUGGGAGCAGUACAUCGCUGCAGUAAUGAGUUUACUGCUGAGGAGGUUUGAGAGACUGAGCAAGGGCCUGGUAAAGGAGGCCCAGCUGGAGAAUGUGUGGGUUAGCCCAAGAACAGCAAACAGAGGCAGGGACAGACCUGAUCAAACCCCUGGGCCAACAGACAAAGGGGGCAGAACACCAGAGCCUGAUGGGGAUUUUGGGUCUUUGGAGUCUAGAGUGACAUUGGAGACCUUCCUCCAAGGGUGUGCAGGAAAGGUGACGGUUGUCGUUGGCCAGGCCGGAUCAGGAAAAACUCUGCUGAUGUCUUGUUUAGGAAAUCAGUGGGCACAUGGUCUUGGCCCUAUCCCUUCAUCUUACCUAUUUGUCCUGCUAGAGUUUCGUCAGCUCAAUCUACUGUCUGGCCCACUCUCACUGUCUGAGCUGUUAUUCCAGUACUACCUCCCUCCAAAGGGGGGUGAAGACAAAAAGAGAGCCAUUGUGGAUUACCUCCUUUCCAAUCCAGCGCAAAGUUGUUGGGUGCUGGAUGGCUAUGAUGAGUCUUACAGCAGAUUCACCAGACAAGAGGAGCAGAGAGAACUGUUGGACCCAGAAAACCCUCUCCCUGUUGCAGACCUAAUUUCAGGGCUAUUAAAUCGUCAGCUUCUUCCAGGAUGCACUGUGCUGGUCACCUGUCGUGUACGCAAUGUCAUGGAUUUGGAGUGCAUUUCAGAUAAAAUAGGGCAGCUGCUGGGAUGGGACUGCCAUGAGAUUAAGGAAUAUGUGGAAAACUUCUUUGGAGUAAAAGGUGACUCAGCAAACAGAGCUCUCGGGAUGCAGGCAGUGGAUCUCCUUUUUUCCAGUCGACACCUCCUUGCCAUGUCAUACCUCCCUGCCCUCUGCAACAUCUGCUGCAUCUGUUUGAAGCAUCUUCUGCUGGAAGAUGAAGAGGGAGGAACAGAAGUACAAUCCAGAGAACAAGACAGAGGAAGUGACACAAGAAGAAAAGCCACAGAAAAUGGACUAAAAGGAGUACAGAUUGCAGGAGAAAGAAGAGGAGGGAGUGAACACAUAAUGAUGGAUGGGACAAUUGGCAGAGCCCAGUCAUCUCCCACAUUAGCCCAGAUACCCUCCACUCUAACCCAGGUCUACCUCACUGUUCUUGGUGCAUUUCUGAGCCGUGACCCUGAAAAACGAGGAAAAAGUGACAAGGCAAAGACCACAAAACCUCCUCAGAGGCUGAUCACUCUAAGUCAGUAUCAAUCUCAGUUAAGUGAGCUGAGCCGGCUGGCGUGGAGAGGUUUAGAGGAAAGCAAGAUCCUCUUCUUGAAAGAGGAUAUUCCUCAGCAUGUUUUGGAGUUUGCAAUCAGGGCGGGUCUCUUCUCACAGGUGGAGCUCAGACUUGAGGAUGGGAUGCUCGUCAGUGCCUACUGUUUCAUUCAUCUGACAAUACAGGAAUUUUUGGCUGCCCUCAGAAUCAUGACCAGUAAUGAUGUUAAUGACACGCAGCUCAAGAGGAGAUUCAAUCUGAAAACUCGUUGGACAACCAAGUCAGACCAGAGGACGGUCUUCACUGACUCCCUGCACUUAUAUGUAUGUGGUCUGGCUUCCCAUCAGUGUACUCAAGCCUUAGUUCAAUUAGCCAAGGCAUUUGGUGGAAAAGGGGUUCAAAGUUGGGUCCAAAAACGACAAGCCCUUGUCCUGAAACUGCUAAGCAACUUGUGCCACAGCAACACCCUGACUGGACCCAAGAUACUGGAGCUUUGCCACUGCGUCCAGGAGAGCCAGGACCACCAACUGGCCAAGAAUGUUGUGGGUACGAGACCUACCCUGGAGCUGCGCAACAUCCGGCUAUUACCUAAUGAUAUUGAUGCUCUGGCUUUUGUAGUUAACUCAGCAGGUGAUAAAGGCAUUGGACUGGACAUUGGAGCAUGCUCAAUGGAGCUGGAGUGUUUAGAUGCCCUGCCUAGGUGUCAGUACAUUCACAAUCUCAGUUUUCGCAGCCGCAAGUAUGGCGACAAGUUCGCUGAGAAGUUGUCCUCCAUUUUGCCUGAAUUCACAACCCUGAGAAAACUGGUGUUUUGUAGUGCUAGACUGACUGCCACAGGAGCAGCUAGUUUGGCUUCUGCUCUAGAGAAGUGUCCAGACAUCACUGAAAUCAAUCUAAGUGACAACAGUCUGAAAGACGAAGGGAUCAAACACAUAGCUGACAUCUUUACCAAACUACCAAGACUGGCAUAUGUGAUGGUGGGUCGAAACAGAAGCUCUCUGAAAGCAGUGGACUAUCUCAUUGGGAAAAUGUCUUCAUGUUUGAACAUCCAACAUGUUCAUGCAGAUUCAAUGGAAAAAUUGACAGUGACUUUCUCCCAAAACUCAGAUAUGAGAAGCCAUAAAACUAAGUCUGAUCCAACAAUCAGCUUGUUGAACCAGAAAUGGAACAAGCCUGAGAUGCAAAAAGUUGCAAAUACAUUGAAGUGUUGCCCUGCCCUGUCUGUCCUGGAUUUGUCCGGAGGCCAGUGGGAUGUGGAAGUUCUAAAGACACUGAUUCAGUUUUUGCCAAAGUUCAAUAUCACCAACAAGAUCAUUCUCGAUGACAGCUGCUCUUCUGUGGAGGGCUUGGUGGUUCUGACUGCUCUGCUGUCUAAUUGUCCUGCUGUGGUGGAGCUUCAUAUCAGACUACAGUCUAGUCCAGAUCCUGUUCAGGUGUCUGUAGUGUUCUCUGGAGGGAGAGAAAAGCCUGCCAAUGAAAUAUCUAAAACACUCUGUCUCAGCUGCUGCGGUCUGCUGCAUGCUGAUCUGGGGAGAGUGUGGAGGAGUUUGGGGACUUCCUGUGAUCUCACAGUGCUGGAUUUGUCUAGUAACUGUUUAGGCAACAAAGGUCUGAGGAAGUUGCUGGACUUUCUGCCUGAUCUUAGAAACAUCCAGGAAAUCAAUGCCAGUAACAAUGGCAUCAGCAUGGAAGGAGUGGUGAUGUUGGCUGAUGGUUUGUGCUCCUGUAAGAACUUAACAGAAAUUCAUAUAAGUGAUGGAGGGAGAGAAAAGAUGAUCCUGAAGUUCUGCCCUGACAAAAGCGACGGCAAACAGCAGCUCAAGAUGUUCAGGAUAAACAACAGCAGCCUCCUGCCGUCUGAUAUAACCAGGCUAUGUAGGGAAUUAGUCAAGUGUCGCUUCCAUUUGGACUUAGAUUUGUCUCACAACUCAUUGAAAGAUGAAGCUAUCAAGAAUCUCCUCAAAGUCCUACCAAAGAUGGAGUCACUGCAGAGGCUCAAUGUCAGCAACAGCGUCUUAUCCACAAUUGGGGCACUGAUUUUGGUCAGUUGUUUGACGGUCAGUCGGCGAGUCACAUCCGUAGAGCUCAGGCCUCAGAGUGAAUGCCUUAUCCAUUUUGAUAGAGUGGAAGCAGAACAAGCCCACUGCAGGUUAACUCAUUUUAGCCUGAACUGCGAUAACUUGGAGAGACUGAUUGAGAUCCUGCAUAAGGUUCCUCAGCUGUCACUCCUGGAUUUAUCAAGUAACCAACUGGAAGAUGAAGCAGUGAAGCGUCUCAUGGAUUCUCUACCAAGGCUUAAAAUCAACAGCUUUGUCAAUUUGAGCAACAACAGCCUAACCCAGCAGGGACUGUUGGAUGUGGCCAGCACACUGUAUACCUGUGACAACGUCUCUGGUGUAGAAGUGGGUCUGGGAAAAGAGAAGAGGUGUCUUAUCUGGUUCCGAGAAUAUGGAGGUUGUGAAAAAACUCUGCGUGUCAAAGAGAGUAAUUUGGAACGUCAACAUCUGGUCAGUUUAGCAGAGAUUGUGUCUAACUGUCCCAGUCUGACCAAACUGGAGUUCAAGAACAAUUUACUGCAGUCGAAGUGGAUUGAAGACUUUGUGAAAGUGUUGAACAUCGGUCAGAGAAGUUGCAGUUUCAGUGUUGAGGAGUGGUGGAUCAGAGCUGAAAAAGCUAUCAGUUUAGUGUGUCGCUGUCUCGAGAUCAGCAGCAACAUUAAAACUGUCAGGGUGCACCACACCACACUUCACCUGUCUCUGAUGAAAUCUACUGGAUUGACUUCAGUCAGCCUUGUGGAAUGUGCACUAGAGGGGCACCAGCUUGCACCUAUGAGGAGCAUCAUCCAGAGGUGUCCUUUACUGAAAGAGCUGGAUUUUUCUCACAACAGCCUGGGGAUAGAUGGAGCUAAGUUUAUCUGUUCUGUUCUGCCCUCAAUGCCAAAACUCACUUCUCUCAGUAUUGUUUCCAAAGAGACGUGUACGACUGUGGUUGAGGAGCUCUCAGAGGCCUUGCUGCAGUCUACAACUGUUCAGAGCCUUAAUCUAUCAGGUCAUGUGAUUAGUGACGCAGCAGCUCAGACUAUGACCAGAAUCUUUCCCCGUUUACGAUCACUCAAUCUGUCUCAUUGUUUAUGGUCAGUGGCUGGAGGGCUGCAGCUUGUCAAAGCACUGGGACAGUGUGUUAGUCUGGAAGGACUUUGUUUGGACUCUGUGCACCUGGAUGAAAACAGCAGGGUGUAUCUAGCACAAGCACUAAGGAAUAUCCACUCUAUACGCAGUCUCAAGCUAAAUAAGAUUGAUGCAGUGAUGGGACCAUCAGCAGCAAAUGAUGUUUUGGAUCUCCUAGCUGCUAUGAAAGGAUUGACACGUAUACAGGAGAUAGAUUUGGGCGGCUGGAUGAUGGCUAAUAGAGGAGUAGAGCAGUUGAACAGGCUCCUUCCUACCUGGACGGAGCUCAGGAAGAUCAGACUUUCAAAGAACCUUAUGGGCGACCAAUCAGGAGAGAAGCUACUGGAGGCUUUGAUCAGCUGUAGUCAUCUGGAGGAGCUCUAUCUGUGCAGCAACCGUCUUGGUGAUCUCACUGCUGCCAGGAUGGCCCUUGUUCUACCAUCAAUGACACACAUCACCGUGUUGGAUAUUUCAGAGAACAUUAUUGGAUGUGAAGGGUCAGUGAGUCUGUCUAAAGCAAUAAUGUGCAUGAAGAACCUCACCAAGAUUCAAUUGACCUCUGUUGGGACUUCGGAGCUGUGUGCUAUCGCUGGCAGUCUGGCCCACUGUCCCCUCAUACAGGAAGUGGGUCUAGGGUGGAAUAAUUGUGGUGAUGACGUAGCGCUGGAGCUGGCUAGAGUUUUGCCUCUCUGUCAGAGGCUGACCAGAAUAGAUCUGGAGUCCAACAGUGUGAGUGUUUUUGGAGUGGAGGCCUUGGUUAGAGCCUUACAGUUGUGUCCUGCUCUUCAGCUCGUCAGGCUGUGGAGGAACAAAGUAUCUUCCAGCGAAGCCCACAGAGUGAAUCUGAAGGACAGGAGGCUGAAUUUCUCAUCUACCUAAUGUGAUUUGUGUUGCUAGGCAGUAAUUCUAAGUAGUAACACUCCUCUUCAUCAGUAUCUGCAGAGGUUAUCAUCAUGAUGUUGAUAUGUUAUGAAUAUUACACAGUUUUAACUAGUGCAUUACCACCUGUGACAGACAACUGGUAGACACAUUUCUGUUAUCAGUACAGCCUCUGGUCAGAAUAUGUGUUACGUUAUGAUAUGAUAAAUUAGAUUAGAUAUGAUUGCUUUAAAGUAAGAUAAAGUCAAAAGGUGUAUAUACAACAUUGAUUUAUCUAAACAUACACAAAAUUAACAAGCUGGCUAUAAAGUUUAUCAAGCGUAUUUUUGGUGUUCUCUUUUUGUCAAAACCUCAUCUUUGCGUCAUGGAUUUGUAAUGUAAUCCACAUAAAGUCAGCAAAUUAGGCUAAGUCAUGUUAUGGCUAAUUGUUAAAUAGUAUGCACAUAGAAAUGUUUUUGGUUGAAUAGGCAUCUUAAGAAGCAAGAUGCUAAUUUGAGACGUUUUCUUAUUUUCAAAAUGAUGGACUGAGUGUUUCCGUCCAGGAGCUGUUGGUGACCCACACUGCUGUGAAAGUAGAGGCCUUGAUUUAAAGGAUUUCUUGAUUUCUAAUAAGCUUUCCUUUGAGAAAAUACUUCGUAUACACAGUCUAAGCAGUCUCUCAUACGCUGAAUCACUUUUCACUGUAAUGCUGUGUACAAGAGUUAGAGGCCACAUGGGUGAAUACACAAUAGUACAUGAACUCACAGUAAAAAGAGUUGAAAGGGAGGACCCCCUCUCUGUUAUCUGCUCUUAUGGUCAUUUCAGGUUGAGGUCUCUGUCCAUUUUGCGUAUUUAUUUCUACUGUUAUUAUGGAAAGGAAUUUUUUUUAAGUAAUUUAUUAAGCUCUAAUUGAACCUUAGUUUUGUUUGAUUUUUUUGCAUAAGUAAAUUGUAGAUGAUAAUAUUUAAUUAGAAGUACUUGUGUAAAAGGGGAUGCCACACACUGUAACAAUUACAGACUGGGUUUCACAGAUACUUAUAUUUCAUUAGUUUCUUAGUUUGCUGAUAGUGUAAUAAUGAUGCUCCCAGUUCUGAAACUAGUGCACCUUAUGUCCUUUUCAAUUCUUCUGUGUAUGGCUGUCCAGCUUUUCCGGUUAUUUCAGUUUCAAUAUAGAUUCUGCACAGACACUAGAUUUACACUAGCGCAGAUGAAAUGUCCUGAAGCAGCUUAUCAGUUAAAACGUGGUUCACUUCUAAGGUUUGUGUUCAGGUUUUUGAGUUCUUACUUUUUCAGUUUUUAGUUCUUGUGACAAAUUGCCUGUAUCCUUGACAUUCAUUCAUUCUGACUUGCACUGAGGUGUCAA